CUCAACAUUAAUGUGAGUGGUCAUAGUCUUAGCUGGUUGGUAUACAUCGCAUGUAAUAACUAAAUACCUAAGUUGCUUGAAAUCAAGUGUAUAAAAAAUAAAAAUUAGAGCUUUUAGGUUCAAAAACGAAUUACUUUGACACAGCAAAUCAAGUAUUAAAAUUUCACCGUAGGGGUCGAGUUUCAUUCAAAUGAACUUGACUUAUAGUUUCUUUCCCGUUUACUUCCAGAUUUGUUUUUUCUUUUUUUAUCACUACUCGUAGGUGCCCUAUGCGGCUCUGUAAGUGGUAGCACAAGUUUUAAACGUACAAAAAAAUCAAAGAACCAAAUUAAAAUCGGUCUAAUACAGUUUGUUCUUAAAAGUUCCGAGUUUUUCUCCUUCAACUGCUCGACCACGGUAAACUUCAGUGAUGAAAUUCAAUAAUUUACUAGAGGCUUUCACUAUCUUGAACUUGCAAGCUUUCAGUGCGGCGUUUCCCUCGGGAUGUAAGUCCAAAAUCAGUAAUGAGCUUGUCCAAUCGCAGUAUCAUAGAAAUGCACUUGAGCCUAAUUCACCACAGGAUGACCAUCUCAACUUGGCUUCAGGAUUAAGAAGAAACCAAAAUGCGAUUCAAGAACAUCUGCUGCAAACGGAUGGGGAACACUCGCCUUACCUUUCUGACAGGUAUAUUUUGGAAAAUCUUUUGGCAGAUAGCAAAGAAAUUUUAACAAAACCGAAGGAAAGAGUGAAUGAAAAAGAUGACAACGAGAAUAACCUGAAGAAAUCGCGACUCGACUCACACUUGUCAAUGUAUUCGAUGGAGGAUCUGGUUCAAGACACCUCCCUCAUUGUAAAAGUAAUGGUCUGGCCUAUUACAGAAUUGAUUUCCCUCAUUUCUGACACACUUAGUGUCGCUGAUGAUGAUGAUGAUGAUGAUGAUAAUUAACUUGAACUCGCUGUUUAAUAUUGGAAAUACUAUGCAAGGAUCCAGGUAAUUUCAUAAGGGUUCGUGUUCUUUUAUCCGAGAUUUUCUGCGACACUUUGCCUAGGUAUUACAUGCAUACGUCACGGGUUGCAAGAGAGCGCACUUGUAAUAUGUAACCCUCUUUCCUCACUUUUCUUGACACCCCCCCCCUCACCCUCUUGCCAUGCGACGUGCCCCCUCCCCCACCCGCCAAAAAAUUAUGAAUAAGUUAAGUUAAGCGUUUAGUAAAAUCUGGAGCGCUUAUGGCUUUUAUAUUUCAAAGGCAUGCAGAAAAAAAAAUGGGAAAUUUAA